ACCACACGGAAGCAGUUUUUAGAGCACUCAACCUACAAGACGAGUCUCGUGGUCUUUUCAAAAAAAUGGGUGGCUUCUUCUCCAGUCUCUUCUCAGGCCUUUUUGGAACCAGGGAGAUGAGGAUUCUGAUCCUGGGUUUGGACGGCGCAGGGAAAACUACCAUUUUGUACCGGCUGCAGGUUGGGGAGGUGGUCACCACAAUUCCCACAAUUGGCUUUAACGUGGAGACCGUCACAUACAAGAAUCUGAAGUUCCAGGUGUGGGAUCUGGGAGGCCAGACAAGUAUCCGGCCAUACUGGCGGUGCUACUAUUCCAACACAGAUGCGGUUAUCUACGUGGUCGACAGCAGCGACCGCGACCGAAUGGGCAUCUCCAAGUCUGAGCUUGUGGCCAUGUUGGAGGAAGAGGAGCUGAAGAAGGCCAUCCUGGUGGUGUUUGCAAACAAGCAGGACAUGGACCAGGCAAUGACGCCGGCUGAGGUGGCCAACGCUCUGGGUCUCCCCGCCCUCAAAGACAGGAAGUGGCAGAUUUUCAAGACCUCAGCGACCAAAGGCACAGGCCUGGACGAAGCCAUGGAGUGGCUGGUGGAUUCGCUCAAGAGUCGGCAAUAAAUUAUUAAAAAAAAGAAGACACUCGUCCUUUUUGUAAAUACCCUUCUGAAUGAAGCCUUGUGACUGACCUCGCUUCUCAUCUACUCCAGCCAAACCUGGGACUGAAAAGCCUCGCUUCUGCUGUUUACGUGAAGCAUUAUUUGAGCGCGGUGAUGGACAAGUUUACACUUACGACUUAAAAAUAAAACUAAGUAACCUCGUAUGACAUUAUACGCGGGUGCCUUUGGCUGGCUUCAUUCACUUCCAUCACCCAGAAGGAUCACGUUAGUUCCAUGUAAAUAAGCAUCAAAGGCCGACAACACACUCCCAUAGUCAUAGUCCCAAGUCUUUACACAUUAAUAGGCAACAAAGUGUUACUGCAGUCACUUUUUGUACUUUGGUAAAUGGAUUUACCCAUUCCCCCCACACUAAUUCAUUUGUAUUGUGUCUACAUAGUUUGACCACUUUUCUUUCCUUCCGCAGAUUAGUGAAUUUAUGGAACACUUUGUGCAAAUGGUUGCAUAUUUAUACCUGCUUGUACAGUGAAAAUGAUUCUCAGUAAAGACUUUUGGUGAUUGUAA